AUGGCGUCCCGACCAGAGAUCAAGGAGGAAGAUGAGUCGGGUUUCUGCAAGUUCUUCCGCAAUCUGGCGGAUAAGGACAAUGAGACUGUGCGCAUAUUCGACCGCGGCGACUACUACAGUGCCCACGGCGAAGAUGCAAAGUUUAUUGCAAACACAGUCUACAAAACCACGGCCGUAAUCCGCAAGCUGGGACGAGAACCAGGCCUUGAAUCCGUCACCAUGACCGUCACCGUGUUUCGCAACUUCCUCCGCGACGCUCUAUUCAGACUCAGUAAACGCAUUGAAAUAUGGCAGUCAACAGGCAAGCGUAUGGAUUGGAAGGUGGUCAAACAGGCUUCUCCUGGCAACCUGCAGGAUCUCGAGGAAGAGCUGGGUGGCCAAAUGGAGAGUGCUCCCAUAAUACUGGCGGUCAAGGUGUCGGCCAAGGCAUCAGAAGCGCGGAAUGUGGGCGUCUGCUUUGCCGAUGCAAGUGUACGAGAGCUAGGAGUAUCCGAGUUCCUUGACAACGACCUCUAUUCCAACUUCGAAUCGCUGCUCAUACAACUGGGGGUCAAGGAGUGCUUGAUACAGGUCGACUCAACCAAGAAAGAUGUUGAGCUCAACAAGCUGCGAACCAUUGCUGACAACUGCGGAUGCGCUGUGGCAGAGCGAGCAGCGUCUGACUUUAGCACAAAGGACAUCGAACAGGACUUGCCGCGGUUACUCAAAGAUGAUCGCGCCGCUGGUUCGCUGCCCUUGACCGACUUGAAGCUAGCUAUGGGCUCAGCUGCGUGUCUGAUUCGGUACCUGGGCGUCAUGUCUGAUUCGUCAAAUUUCGGACAAUAUCAGCUCUACCAACACGACUUGUCACAAUACAUGAAGCUCGAUGCGGCAGCGCUCAAAGCACUCAAUCUCAUGCCUGGACCACGGGAUGGCGCCAAGAACAUGAGCUUGUAUGGAUUACUCAAUCACUGCAAGACACCGACAGGCAGUCGCCUCUUAGCGCAAUGGCUCAAGCAGCCGCUGAUGAACAUUGGAGAGAUUGAGCGGCGGCAGCAGCUGGUCGAAGCUUUUGUCAACGACACCGAGUUGAGGCAAACCAUGCAAGAAGAGCACCUACGCUCAAUACCGGAUCUAUAUCGGCUAGCAAAGAAGUUCCAACGCAAGGCUGCAAAUCUUGAGGAUGUUGUGCGGGCAUAUCAAGUUGUCAUCCGGUUACCAGGCUUUCUCAGCUCGCUCGAGGCAGUCAUUGACGAACAAUACAAGGAGCCACUGGAUGCAGAGUACACGGGUAAGCUUCGUCAAUACACGACAGCAUUCGCGGGUUUGCAAGACAUGGUAGAGACUACGGUUGAUCUAGAGGCUCUCGACAACCAUGAGUUCAUCAUCAAGCCCGAAUUCGAUGAGUCGCUCAAAACGAUUCGCAAGCGCCUGGAUAAGCUCAAGCGCGACAUGGAGUCUGAACACAUGCGUGUGGGCGAUGACCUUAACCAAGAUACCGAGAAGAAGCUUUUCCUGGAAAACCACAAGGUCCACGGCUGGUGCUUCCGUCUUACGCGCAACGAAGCAGGAUGCAUUCGACAAAAGAAGCAAUACCAAGAAAUCUCUACACAGAAGAAUGGUGUCUACUUCACCACGUCUUCUCUACAAGAAAAGCGUAGAGAGUUUGAUCAGCUGUCUGAAAACUACAACCGCACACAAUCAGGCCUAGUUAACGAAGUUGUCUCGGUAGCUUCGUCCUAUGUCCCUGUCAUUGAGAAGCUCGCCGCUGUCCUCGCGCACCUAGACGUUAUUGUCGCAUUUGCCCACGUCUCUGUCCACGCACCAACCUCGUACACACGGCCAAAGAUGCACCCACGGGGCACAGGCGAUACAGUCCUCAAAGAAGCUCGACAUCCGUGCAUGGAAAUGCAAGACGACAUAUCCUUCAUCACAAACGACGUGUCAUUGGUGCGUGACAAGAGCGAGUUCCUCAUCAUCACGGGACCCAACAUGGGCGGAAAGUCGACCUACAUCCGCCAAAUCGGUGUCAUUGCCCUGAUGGCGCAAAUCGGCAGCUUUGUCCCUUGCUCAGAAGCCGAGCUUACAAUCUUCGACUGCAUACUCGCGCGUGUGGGCGCCAGCGACAGCCAAAUCAAAGGCGUGUCGACCUUCAUGGCCGAAAUGCUCGAAACAGCAAACAUAUUGAAGUCUGCUACCAAGGAGUCGCUGAUCAUUAUCGACGAGCUGGGUCGCGGAACAAGUACGUAUGACGGAUUUGGAUUGGCGUGGGCCAUUUCAGAAUACAUUAUCAAGGAGAUUGGCGCAUUCGCCCUUUUUGCAACGCACUUCCACGAAUUGACUGCGCUCGUCGACACCUACCCGCAAGUUCAGAAUUUGCACGUGGUUGCGCACAUUUCUGAGGGUAGUAACGCCACAGGGGCGGACGAAGAUGGAGAUGUCAAUAUGGAUAGCGUGGCAUCCGUCCAAAAGAAACGCGAAGUCACACUGCUCUACAAGGUUGAGCCGGGCUUCUCAGAUCAGUCCUUUGGUAUUCACGUCGCCGAGCUGGUCCGCUUCCCGCAAAAAGUUAUCAACAUGGCAAAGCGCAAAGCCGACGAGCUUGAGGACUUCUCCGGCAAGCAUGAAGAGGGGUUCGUGCAGGCGAGCAAAGAAGAAGUCGAGGAUGGGAGUCGUAUGCUCAAAGAGGUGCUGGCAGAGUGGAAGAAGGAGACAGAAAGUAAGGGGUUGACCAAGAAGCAGCAGGUGGAGAGGAUGAGGGAGUUGGUGAAGGGGAACGAAAAGUUGAUGGCGAAUGGGUUCUUCAAAAGCAUUCAAGCCCUUUAA